AUGGUGGCCGUCAAGCUUCUCGAUGAAACUGAACAAAGCGAGGCCCAGUUUGUCAAUGAGGUCCAGACCAUUGGCCUAAUCCACCACAACCAUCUAGUCCGGCUUUUGGGUUUUUGUUUCGAUAAGUCGAGAAGAGCUCUAGUGUAUGAAUUCAUGGCAAAUGGGUCCUUAGAUAGCACCGCGAGGGGGAUCGCCUUUCUCCAUGACGAAUGCCGGGUCAGGAUAUUGCACUGUGACAUCAAGCCUCACAAUAUCCUUCUCGACCAGAGGUUCACGCCCAAGGUGUCUGACUUCGGCCUAGCACAAGCACUGAAUAGGGAGAUUAGUCAUGCGUCGCUCACCCGUGGUAGAGGGACUCCGGGAUACGCACCACCAGAAAUGUGGUUGAUGAACCAUGGUCCGGUGACCAGCAAGUCGGAUGUUUAUAGUUAUGGGAUGUUGGUUUUGGAAAUGGUUGGGAAGAGGAGGAAUUUCAAAGAAGAAGCUAGCAGGGUGAGUGAGGCCUACUUUCCUGAGUGGGCUUACUUGCACUAUGUGGUGGAGGUUGGUGGUGAGUGGUCUAAACACAAUUCAGACCAAAGAAGAGAAGAUGAGAUCGUGAGGACGAUGGCACUGGUGGGCCUUUGGUGCAUACAAUUCGAACCCGCUCUGAGACCGACGAUGCGCAGGGUUAUAGAGAUGUUGGAGGGGAAUGUGGUGAUCGACGCUCCUCCAGCGCCAUUCGAUACAAGCGUGUCCAGGGUUGUUACUGGGGACGUCAGCAGCCUCCCCUGUGGAAGAAAAUUCGCAAGCUUUUUCCGCUCAUGGCAGCUAAGGGCAGCUGGUCAGGUCCUAACGUGUGAUACAGCCAUUCAUCUCUUCCUCCUCAGUGAUUGGGCUGUAGCUAUUUGGUCACACUUCGCAGCUAUUUUCAGCAAGAACAAUCUGACAGCCAAUUCAAUUGAAGACAGGAUGCUUCAGUGGUGGAAUGUGCCUGCUCUUGGGGACUAG